GUUUGUUUUUUUACACCUGAUUUUUUUUUUGUUGGUUCUGGUUAAUUUAUCACCGCAGGGCGACAGUCGUCGUCAUGGAGACGCGUUAACAUGACGUCACAAACGGAAGUUGAAUACAGAGGUUGUUGCGUCCACAAUGUGACAAAGUUGCACGUUGUCACCACCGAUGCCGUGCUGGUUGUGUCACUAUAGCAACAGACAUCUAUCGAAAAUCAUAUGUGCGAUUAUCGUGCGACAUAUGCUGUAUUUUUUUCUAUGAGACAUGUGCUGUAUUUUCUCAUCAGUACCGCCAUUAGACGCCCCCACAUGAUUCUCGGUAUUAAUCCCUCAGAAGAGGGCCUGAUGUGUAUUUGGCGACUUUAUUCACGGGUACCACAUAAUGCAACCUCCACAUGAAGAGGCGGGGGUCUGCCAUUGUGGUGUAGUAUGGCACCUGUACUUUGGAGCCAUUCUCCUGGGUUAUAAAUGUUCCCACAUUCUUUCAUUUCUUUUUGGUCACUUGCGUCCACUUAAAUUAACAGGGUGCCCCAUACUCCAUUGCAGUGACCAGCUGCCAUCUUUACUAGUCUGUAUGUGGCACAAUAACACGUUUUGAGUGAUACAGCUUGGUUGUCAACCGCCAGUAGUGUCACCUGUUGCUAAGCAACAGCCAGAUCCUAUUCAGGAAAUAUGGAGGACUAAGGGAUGAUGUGGGGACUACACGUCUGGAAUGGUAGCCUUUGUAGGAAUCACGGACCAGGGGCAUGCUGGGGGUUGUAGUUUUGCAACACCUGGGGAGCCACAGGUACGGGAUCACUGCCAUAGAGCCAUAAACUUAUCACCGAUGGACAUUCCCCAGUGAAAGUGGCCAUUAAUGAUUAACAAUGAAGCGAUAAAGUGCGGGUAAAGGCGAGGCCGCGGUGAUCUAAAGAGUCACCACCUAGAAGGUAGACGGCCCAGGAUAAAGGUUCAUCUCAGUUUACUCCAUCCUCUGAGCACUUACCAAGGGAGUCAUCAGAACAACCAAAAGGAGUCCUCAUCCCGCCAUAAGAGGGUCUCCUCGCUCCCUGGUUAUAAAGGUGACCAUAUACAAUCCCCAUACAAGAUGUAGAUUCUUGGUGCUGCAGGAACAUGAGACAUUCCCUGCUGAUUUUGGCUGCACUUUCAUGCUAUAUAGGAGAAUCUUCACAGUUCCUCCCUUCUUACAUUAAACAAGCCAUAAUCCAACACGCCAAUGCUCUUCCCGCUCCUGGACCAUCAGAAUCACCAAAUUUAUCCAGUGGACCCAUCAUAAAGACAACAGCUGAGUCUCCUGGUGGAGAAUUUCAUGAGGAAGGAGGCAAUAGUUCAGAUUUGGAGAAGACAGACGCCAUCCAAAUUAAAGUCAUCACCGCUCAAUCACCGGGGACUAAAGAGCCUUUUGGUGGAGGAUUUCAUGAUGAAGGGGUCAAUGGUUCAGAUUGGGGGAAGACAGACGCCAUCCAAAUUAAAGUCAUCACCGCUCAAUCACAGAGGACUGAAGAGCCCGAAUAUAUUCUUCAUGAAGGCAUGGAUGAUUCCGAACUAGGGAGGACAAGCAUCACUCAGAACGUGCUCCUCACUGACCAGAAAAAACAACAGAGCUCCAAAGAGUCUCUAGGUGGAGAAUUUCAUGAUGAAGGGGCCAAUGGUUCAGAUUUGGAGAAGAAAGACGCCAUCCAAAUUAAUGUCAUCACCGCUCAAUCACAGGGGACUGAAGAGCCUUUUGGUGGAGAAUUUCAUGAUGAAGGGGCCAAUGGUUCAGAUUUGGGGAAGACAGACCCCAUCCAAAUUAAAGUCAUGACCGCUCAAUCACAGAGGACUGAAGAGCCUUUUGGUGGAGAAUUUCAUGAUGAAGGGGCCAAUGGUUCAGAUUUGGGGAAGACAGACCCCAUCCAAAUUAAAGUCAUCACCGCUCAAUCACAGGGGACUGAAGAGCCCGAAUAUAUUCUUCAUGAAGGCAUGGAUGAUUCCGAACUAGGGAGAACAAGCAUCACUCAGAACGUGCUCCUCACUGACCAGAAGAAACCACAGAGCACCGAAGGGCCGGAUCCUACUGGACACUUCCUGGAUGAGAACCUUAAUGGUGACCAAGAAUCACAAGGAACAGUCACAUAAUGAAGAAAGGUUGCACUAUUUCUGGAUGUGGGGGGACAUUUAAAUAAAAAGAAUAAAAAAUAAAAUCUAAUACAAAAAUGAACAGAUGCUUUAUUUCCCAUAACUUUUUCUCUCACUUCGUAUUGCGCAGUGCAUGCUGGGAAAGUGAUGGAUGGUUAAGUGACACAUUUGAAAGAUAAUUAGUUAUACUGUCCUUUACAUUAGUUAUGCAUAGCAGUGUCUUCAUAAAUAUUUGUUUUAUUUAUGUUCUUCUGAGGGGCGUACAUACUCUAGACCAGUGGUCUUCAACCUGCGGACCUCCAGAUGUUGCAAAACUACAACUCCCAGCAUGCCCGGACAGCCAA